AUGUCCGGCCAAAUCGUCGGGUACGUGAUAGGCAAGGACGAGGGAGAUUCCGACUACCACGGACACGUGACUGCCAUUUCCGUGGACCCAGAAUACCGAAAAUGCGGAAUUGCCAAGAAAUUGAUGAAACAUUUGGAGGAUAUAUCCGCAGAGUUGUCCCAAUCUAAUAACAUGCAGGAAGGGGUGCCAGUUUGUCGACUUGUAUGUAAGAAAGUCCAAUUUGGUGGCCCGUGCGAUGUACGAGAAGUUGGGCACUUGUCUGACGUGGAUAAAAUAUUAAUUGCUGAAGAUUUAAGGAACGGACUGUCUCAAAGACUUAUUGCCGUGAAAUACAAGAUUUGA